GCACAUCGCCUGUGGCUCUACAUAUUCACACCAGGCCCGGAGCACUAUCUAGCAGGAUACAUCACUAUCGUAGCCAAAGCUGACUUCUGUAUCUCAUACAGAUCCAAACAUACUUUAGUUACAGUGUUACAGCCUUGACUACACCAUGUGUGGCAUCAUUGCCGUAAUCCACGGCGACCCGGCAUCCACUUCAGCUGCCGUUGAAAUCCAUGAUGCCCUAUACCUCCUACAACACCGUGGACAAGAUGCAUGUGGCAUCGCGACAUGUGGAUCUGGAGGGCGAUUCUACCAAUGCAAAGGCAAUGGUAUGGCCUCAAGAGUCUUCCAUGACGGUGCGCGUGUCGCCGAUCUUCCGGGAUGGAUGGGCUUGGGACAUCUCCGAUAUCCCACUGCUGGUAGCAGCGCAAACUCGGAAGCCCAGCCGUUCUAUGUGAACAGUCCCUAUGGUAUCUGUUUCACACACAACGGGAAUCUGAUCAACGCUCCUGAGCUUACCCGAUUCUUGGAUCAAGAGGCCCAUCGACAUAUUAAUACAGAGAGCGAUAGUGAGCUCAUGCUCAACGUUUUUGCAAGCGAACUGAAUGAGACCGGAAAGGCUCGUAUCAACGCCAAUGAUUGUUUUGCAGCUCUUGAGAGGAUGUAUCAAAAAUGCGUCGGUGGCUGGGCUUGCACAGCAAUGCUUGCAGGUUUUGGCUUGAUUGGUUUCCGGGAUCCAUACGGCAUUCGUCCUAUGGUACUUGGCUCUAAACCCUCCGAUACUGGUCACGGGAAAGAUUACAUGAUGGCCUCUGAGUCUGUGGCAUUGGUCCAGUGUGGGUAUAAAGACUUUUUCGACAUUAAGCCCGGACAAGCUGUUAUCAUCGAAAAAGGAAAAGAGCCCGUCUUUCAUCAGGUUCACAAGCAGCUUGGAUACGCUCCCGACAUCUUUGAAUAUGUCUAUUUCGCGCGACCUGAUACGAUUAUCGAUGGUAUUGAUGUAGAUGAAAGCAGACGCAAUAUGGGCUUCAAGCUCGCAGAAACCAUCAAGAAGCAACUUGGCUCUAAGACGUUGGAAGAGAUCGACGUGGUUAUGCCAAUACCCGAAACAUCGAUCACAUCUGCGUUGUGUGUUGCUGAAGCUUUGAAUAAACCAUACUGUCAAGGUUUCGUGAAGAAUAGAUACAUCUUUAGAACCUUCAUUAUGCCUAGUCAGAAGCUGAGGCAGAAGGGUGUUAGAGCUAAGCUCAACCCUAUGAAGAAGAAAUUCGACGGCAAGAACGUGCUCCUGGUAGAUGACAGCAUCGUCCGUGGGACUACAAGUCGGGAGAUCGUGCUGAUGGCUCGUGAAGCCGGCGCCAGAAAGGUCUACUUUUCUAGCUGCGCGCCUCCUAUCACCAAUGCGCACAUAUACGGCAUCGAUCUCGCAUCUAGCUCUGAGCUGAUCGCUCAUCAUCGAUCAUCCUCGGAUAUAUCGCGCAUCAUUGGCGCUGACGAUGUCAUCUACCAGUCCCUCCCUGACCUGGUAUCCGCAUGUGCGGCACUAUCUCCUCGCGACCCUGCAACCCAGAAUUUCGAAGUCGGUGUGUUCUGUGGCAAGUACGUGACUCCAGUAGAUGAUGAGUACUUUGAGCACCUCGAACGCGUCCGAGGCGAGAGUAAGAAGAUGAAAAUCAGAGAGCAGGCGAAGGAUGCUGUUCUUCAUGGAACUGCAGGUGAGAAAGAACUUCGCAUGGCCGCAAAAGGUGUGGAGGUAGACAAACAUGGUAAUGUUGUACCUUUGCACGGUACUGAUGAGUCCUGGGUCCAAGGUCAAACAGACCAGGUCGCAGUCGGACCCACUACGACGAAAAGGUCAAAUGAGUUCCACGCUGAACGCAAGCGGAAAAACAGCGAUGAGUCAGCGAAGGUCAAGAACACGCAGGAUUUAAGCCUCCAUAACUUCAAUGACCAUCCGUGAGAGGUUCUACAGGUUUACACAGCGGACGUAUGGAGGCGAUACGGAGUUUCGGCUGCGAUACAGGUCGUUAGGAUGUUCUGUUUCGUUGUCCUUAUUGCGUAUGUGUGAUACUGCUUGGGAGGAUACUUUGCAUGAAAAGUUGUAUACUGCUUAGAGGUCCCAACAUACAGCGGACUUCACAGCCGCGCUUUAUAUAUACCCCUACCAUACUCUCAUUC